UCGAUAAUAUCUUCGUCAUUACCCGAAUUUACCGGCAAGUUGUAAAAUCCCCAAUCCAAACUAUUUUGGUGGAUUUGGGGAAAAAAAUCGAACAAGGUCGUUGUCGGAUUUCUGGAUCAUGGAAUUCUCUCUAAUCGCCGAUACAGUCGCAGUUUGCACGGCGAAGCAAGGCAUAGCGUUUGGGAAAUCUCUCCUCAAUCGGUUGGAUUUGGCCAAUCACAUUUCAUUUGCCGAUUCUACCGUUGAUCACUCUCCGGGUGGAAUCGUUCAAGCAUCGGCUGUUAUCUUCCCCGUUGAUGCAAUCGCCCCUCCACCGGUUAGAUCCAGCUCUUACAAGACAAUCCGCCGGAUCCGCAAAAAGCGGCGUACGAAACGCGUUUUAUUUGGCGGUGACUCGGAAGACGGAGGAGAUUUUGGUCGUUUUCUACUAGAAGGCGAUUUCGGUGGUAACGACGGUCCAUUUGGAUUUGGUGGAGGAGGCGAUGGCGGCGGAAAAGGAUGGAACUACGGUGGUGGUGGUGGUGGUGGUUUCGGAAGUGGGAAUUGGGAUGAGUCUUCGUCUUCGUCGUGGUCGGAUCCAGCAAUGGAAUUCGUGUACGAAGUGAUCUGCUGGAUCGCGUUAUCGAAUUGCGUGCACUUCGCGUUCAAGAGGAUAGUGAGGAUCGUGACGGACGGUGAUAGGGAGAAGUUGAACCUGACAUUGUCUCCGGUGUGCUGACAAAUACCGUUGCAGUAAUAUAUGUUGAAAAAUCUUAUUCUCAGGUCCAGAAAUUCCAUCAAAUUAUCUCUCCUGUCGUGUGUAUAUAUACCUUUUAUAUCAUUGUACAUAUAUAAUUAAUUUCGAUUGCAAUUUCUCUUAGAUUAAUCUAACCAUUGCCUGUUUAGAUGAGUUAUAGUCGACAUGAUGAGAGAUC